GUCAUUCUCCAGACGACGAAAGCAUUGAUUCUCAAGACAUUUCCAAUGGUAAUAUGGCUGAUCGUGACUCAAACAUCCCUGAUGAGAGAAUGAAUGAGCCUGGUUGCUCCUCAGAAAUGACCAAACCCUCAUCUUCACGCUCAAAGAGAAAACCUUCAUUUGUGACCAAGCACACUGCUGUAGAGGAGUCUGAAUGUGCGAACGAGAGUGCAGGUGAACACGGCCCAGAUGAGAGCAUGCAGAGCAGUCUGGAUAUCAGCAAGCUGCCGCAAGGCACAGUGGUGGUCAAGCCGGAACCGGUUGCUAAUGAAGCUAAAGAUGAAUUCCGCGGCCCCGAGUUUCGUAGCAGAGGAAGUAAAGUGAAAGAGGACGGUGCUCGGAAACGUCCCGACGAGCGGCUCAAGGAGAUUUUUAAUUGCACAGCAUGUGGACAGCAAGUCAAUCACUUUCAGAGAGAUUCUGUGCUUCAACAUCCCGCACUACAUGUUCUUAUCUGCAAGUCGUGUUUCAAAUAUUAUAUGAGUGACGAUAUCAGCAAGGAUGAAGAUGGAAUGGAUGAGCAAUGCAGGUUGCUCUUUGGUCUUGCUCAUGGUGGUGGGAAAGGUGAUGAAAUUGAAUUGAAGGCUGAAUCCUCCCAGGUGGUGGAUGAUGACGAUGAUCCAGAGAAUAGAUGUGAUGAAAUUGAAUUGAAGGCUGAAUCCUCCCAGGUGGUGGAUGAUGACGAUGAUCCAGAGAAUAGAAUUGCCAAAAGGAUGCUUCUGGCGCAAAUCAAAGCCAAUUAUUCAUCUGGAGCUGACAGUUCAUCUGAUGAUGAAAAUGCAGACAAAGAGGACGGGGAUUCACCAAAGAAAGGAAAAGAUGGUGCUAAGAAGCAAGAUGAAAGUGAGGAAGAGGAUGAAACUUCGGACUCUGGCUCAGAUGUUGACGUGAAGAAAGGUGGACGCAGACACCGUUUGUUGAGUAAGAAGUUGACUCUAAGCGAGGGAGACUCUGAUGACGAGACCCCAGUCAAAAACAAGAAAGAAACCAAAAAGAGAGGCAAGCAGAAAGUGGACAGCGACGACUCUGCAGACUCGGACUUUGAGCAGUCGCGCUCGGGCUCCAGCGAUGCAUCAGCGCUCAGUGAGACUGUGAGUGAAGACGCCAAUGAAGACAAGAGCAAUAAGCGCAAAACACGGUCGUCCAAUAAAGCUGCCAAGGACCGUGGGAGAAGUUACAAGAAAGAGAAGAAGAAGCGACGUCGCAUUAAGGUUCAAGACUCCUCGUCCAGUGGCAAGAGUGGAGGGGAAGAGGAUGGAGAAGGUGAAGAAGAUGAGAAAGGAACGCCCAAAAAUCGUAAGAAGAUCCGCAAGAUCCUUAAAGAUGACAAACUGCGGACAGAGACCCGGGAUGCGCUGAAGGAGGAAGAGGACAGGAGGAAGCGCAUUGCUGAGAGGGAGCGGUUGAGGGAAAAACUGCGAGAGACUAUUGUGGUGGAGGAGUCAUCGCAGGUCACGUGUCCCAUCACCACAAAGCUGGUGCUGGAUGAGGACGAGGAGACCAAGGAACCUCUAGUGCAGGUUCACAGGAACCUGGUGACCAAACUCAAACCCCAUCAGGUGGAUGGUGUGCAGUUCAUGUGGGACUGCUGCUGUGAGUCGAUGAAGAAGGUGGAGAAGUCUUCUGGCUCCGGCUGUAUUCUGGCCCACUGCAUGGGGCUGGGAAAAACUCUCCAGGUGGUGACGUUUCUCCACACUUUGCUGCUGUGUGAGAAGAUGAACUUCAGCACAGCUCUGGUGGUGUGUCCUCUCAACACUGUGCUCAACUGGCUCAAUGAGUUUGAGAAGUGGCAAGAAGGCCUGAAGGACGAGGAGAGUUUAGAGGUGACCGAGCUGGCCACAGUCAAGCGGCCUCAGGAGAGAGCGUACGCUUUACAGCGCUGGCAGGAGGAUGGCGGCGUCAUGAUCAUAGGCUACGAGAUGUACCGCAACCUCACGCAAGGACGAAACAUCAAGAGCAAGAAGCUGAAGGAAACCUUUCAGAAAACUCUGGUUGAUCCAGGUCCGGAUUUUGUCAUCUGUGACGAGGGUCACGUGCUGAAGAACGAAGCGUCUGCUGUCUCCAAAGCCAUGAACUCCAUCACGACUCGUCGGCGAGUGGUGCUGACAGGAACCCCACUGCAGAACAACCUGAUCGAGUAUCACUGUAUGGUGAACUUCAUCAAGGAGAACCUGCUGGGGUCAGUGAAGGAGUUCAGAAACCGCUUCAUCAACCCCAUCCAGAACGGCCAGUGCGCCGACUCCACGCUGACUGAUGUCCGAGUCAUGAAGAAGCGCGCACACAUCCUCUACGAGAUGCUGGCAGGAUGCGUCCAAAGAAGAGACUAUACUGCCCUUACAAAAUUCCUGCCGCCAAAACACGAGUAUGUGUUAGCGAUACGGUUAACACCCAUUCAGUGCAAGCUUUACCGAUACUACCUGGAUCACUUCACAGGUACGACUCUGCAUUAUAUUCACUUCACUCAGGCCGCGAUUGUUCUGAAGCAGCUCCGCAGCUGGGAGAGGAAGAAUGGCAGCUGGCACCAGGGAUACUUCGACGAGGACAGUAUGGAGGAGUUCAUAGCCUCAGAGACAGAGGAGUCCUCCAUGAGUUUGACCUCUGAAGAUGAGAAGCCCAAAAGAAAGAAGAAGCGAGGCAAAGGGAAAGAGCAGAGCUCAGACAAGUCCGACAGCGAUGACCUGGAAGUGAUUAAGGAGUGGAACACCAGCUCUCGUGGAGGAAACCCCGAGGGGCGCAACAGAGCAGAGCCUGUGGAAGAGGUUCGGCCGUCGAACUCGGGUCCUGGCAGCCCAUCACCUGACUGGUACAAAGAGUUUGUGACCGAGCCAGAUUCUGAGGUGCUGGAGCAUUCUGGGAAAAUGGUGCUUCUUUUUGAGAUUCUCCGCAUGGCUGAAGAAUUGGAAGAAAAAGUGUUGGUGUUCAGCCAGUCUCUCAUUUCUCUGGACCUCAUUGAAGAUUUCCUGGAGUUGGCAGGCAAAGCCAAAGAGGAAGGCAAGCUUUCGCCGUACAAAGGUGAGGGCAAGUGGUUCAGAAACCUUGACUACUAUCGUCUAGAUGGUUCAACGAAUGCCGUGACCAGGAAGAAAUGGGCAGAGGACUUCAAUGACACCAGUAAUGUUCGGGGGCGAUUGUUCCUCAUCUCAACCAGAGCUGGUUCUCUUGGGAUCAACUUGGUAGCUGCAAACAGGGUCAUAAUUUUCGACGCCUCAUGGAACCCAUCCUACGACAUUCAGAGUAUUUUCCGAGUCUAUCGCUUUGGCCAAGUGAAGACCGUGUUCGUCUACAGGUUUUUGGCUCAGGGAACCAUGGAGGACAAGAUCUAUGACCGGCAGAUCGCCAAACAGUCGCUGUCCUUCAGAGUUGUAGACCAACAGCAGAUUGAACGCCACUUUACCAUGAACGAACUGACGGAGCUGUACGCGUUUGAGCCCGACCAGCUGGACGAUCCAUCUGAGAAGAAGAGCAAGCGGGCCACACCCAUGCUGCCCAAG